UCUUUAUUGAAAAACCCUAAUCAUCAAAAUUUUUAUACAUGGCAGAUGCAAAAGAAUUUCUAUUUUAGAUGCAAAAAGAAAAGGGCUGAUGUAUGUGACUGCAGCACAAGGACUUACCUAUGACCCUCGACAAAGAGAGGGACAAAAGUAGAUGCUUAGCUCAAAUUUCUUGCAGAAAGCAACACUCUCCACUCUAAAGUUUUGUUCAAAGAGUGAAAAGACUGAAUACUGAGCUUUUUGUAGAAAAAGGAAGGAGGCAGUGCUAAUGGAUACUGGGAGUAGUACAAGUAGUAAUAGCAAUGGCGUGAUAGUUACUGCAGAAAAAAGAAGAAUGAGAAUAGAAAAUCCCUUUACUUUGAAAGUGGGUCAAGUAUUUACUGGCUUUGGCAUUGGCUGUGGUAUUGGAAUUGGUGUUGGUCGCCCUUUAAAUCUAGGUGCAAUACCAAUGCUAAAUCAAGUUAUGACUGCCACUAGAGGCGCAACGGAUGCAUUCUCUGGUGUUGGAAGACAUGUUAAUAGUACUUUGAGGAAGGUGGGGGCAAAAAACAUUGAAGCAGGUAUUGGAUGUGGAGUCGGUUUUGGACAUGGUUUUGGAGUUGGUCUUGCUGUGAAGCGCGGAGUGUUGGAUCAGAUUCAGCUGUAUUUAACUCAAGCCAUGACAAAAUUAAUGAUGAAGUCUGGAAUGUCUACUACCGGCUUAUCUAUUGGUCAAGGCAUCCUUCCAGCAUCCUUGCAAGCUGGCAUGAAAACAGUCAAUGAAGCCUCUAAUCAGAACCCACUGGGAAAUGCCAAUCCACUUGAAGUGAAGGUCCCUCAUAGUUCUUCUCCCGGCUUGCUUACAGAUAGGAACACAAAUUCUCUCUCUUCUCAUGAAAAUGAAACUUCAAGAGCUAAUCUCACCUCUUCAAAUGCAUCAUAUAGCAGCCGAACAGAGAAGGUUAUUAGCAAUUUUCUGCAGAGUCCACUUGUGAAAGACGAAGACAGUAGUACAGCAAAUGAGCUGUCUGAGCGUUUGAGAUCAGAGAACAACAUCCUUCAUGUUGUGUUGAAACACCAGCAAGUGAUUGAUGAGCUCAUGCAGGAAAAUGAAAAGCUUCGCCAGAUACUGGUGAAAGACUUGAAAAUCUCGCCCAGUAAACUCCAAACCAGCUACUCCAGUGGAACCGCUACCCUUCGGGCGCGCACAGGGUAAACCCUGCUCCUGUGCAAUAGCUCGCAAACCACACGGAAGAGGUAACCAUUUAGUGCAGUCUUCUAUUUUUAGGUUUUGUCGCGCGUCUCCUACUCAAUCCCUCUUUAUUUAUAUAAUGCAUAUACUCCUCAAUGCCUGUAAUAUGUACUUGUUGCUGAAAUUCAUUUACAUGAAAGUCAAGUAGCGCAGGAAAGACAAGUUAGAGCAGUGGUUUUUAUUAAGUUGAGUGAAAAUGUUACAUGAUAGCUGUAACAAUUGAUAACUGAUAAACCUUCUCUGGCAUCCUCAUCGUUCCUUAAAAACUCACAUACACGCAUGAACCUCGAAAAUUAAGGACAAAGUGAAACAACGAAAAUGAAAAACAACAAUACUGUAAAAUAUAUUAAAUAAAAUAAAGAAUACACAAAUGUUGAAGGCAAAUGACCAUCAAAUUAGAAGAAGAGUGCUACACUCCCAAUCAGUGCUACCAUGACCAUGGUACUUCCGUGCACAAAAGCACUUGAUGGAAGUAUCGAUCCAUCAGAAGGUCCCGGAGCCGGUGCCGAUGCAGGCCCCUGUCCCACGGGUGCAGGGGGUGAGGCCGGCAUGACGGGUGCCAUAUCAGGUACUGCUGGGGGUGAGCUAACUGAUGGACCAGGGCUCAUUGUUGGAGGAAAUGCUACUGGUGCUGGUGGGGACAUAACCGGAGGCAUGGUGAUCAUCGGGGACAGGGCUACAAUGCUAGUAGGUGGCAUUGUGGGUGCUUGAGCAGCAGAGAGGGAUAGAAAUGUAAGGGAAAAAGAGAGCACUAACAUGACACAUGAGGAAGCCAUGACUUUCGAAAUUUUAUUGUACUUCUUGAAAAGAAUGUACAAAUUAAGGGCUUUAUGGAAUUGUGUUAUGAGGUAUUGGUUUGAGAUAUAGAUAUAGAUAUAUAGAAACAAGGGCUCCCUGUCCUGAUUUUUCUUAACAAGUCUUUUCAAGACUUUAAUUUGCGAUGUUUGUGGGUGAGCACUCCUUUAUCUGUUGUAAGUGCUUACAACUAUGAGACAUAUUUUUCAAAACAGAAUCAAAAUGGAAUUAAUUUUGAUGAACGUGUCUGAAGAUGAGUAAUUAAGAAGUACGAUCUAAGAUAAUAUAUUUGUGAAAGAACGUCUUUUUCAUCAAAAUUAAUUCAUAAUAAUAAAGCAAUAGUGAAAUUCAAAACCCCAUUUAGAUUAUAAAAGCUAUUACAAAAAAAGUUUUUCAUAAUUGAAAAUUGAGUUUAUUUGUUUUAAAAAUUUACCUUGUUAACGGUAAACAUGAUCAGAAUAUUUUUGGAAUGAGUCAUCCUAAGAGUGUGGUCCAGUGGUCAAUGAAGUGGAUUGAGAAUUAUAAUGUGUCAUGUUCAUUGUCAACAGAGGUAGGCCCAAGACACUACGGUUAUAAAAAAGGGAAAUCUACAUGGUGUGACAAACUAGUGUAGGUAAUUAUAUUUAGUAGCUAUAAUUUACAUUAAUUACUUCUCAUAGCUAAAAGUUGUAUGCUAAUGACACUUAUUAGCUACUUCCUCCUUCUCCUCCUCUCUCUAACGUUCUCCUCCACUCUCUCUCUCUCUCUCUCUCUCACGUCGUCUUCUCUCUCUCUCUCUAACAUUUUGAGCCGUGGUCAUCUUUUUCGACGGAGUUCUACCGGGGCCCAAUCAAACGACUGCCUCUCUCUCUCUCUCUUCCUUCUCUCAUUCUCGGAUUUGUAUGGAUCUGUGUUGAUUUUUGUAUCUUCAACAGAUGGCCAAUCUACGCUAACUUUGUUGUUGUUGAGUUCUAUGUUGUUGCUGUUGGCCGUGGUUGUUGUUGUUGUUCGUCUUCUCUCUCUCUUCUGACGACGACGACUUACAACUCCGCAGCGGUCAUAUCUGGAUGGAAACAACCAGAUCUGGCCAGAAUUUGGCCGAAAUUUUAUUUCUUGUAUUCAGUUUUGAGUGUAUUCGUUAAUUUUAUUUCUUGUAUACAAAUGAAUACAGUGAAUUUUGAAGUGUAUACAAAUGAAUAGAGUGAAAUUUAUUUCUUGUAUUCAGUUUUUUAGUGUAUUCAUUAAUUUUUUUAGUGCAAAAUUUUAUGUUUUGGGGUGUA